AUGAAAUUUGCAAAUUUCAUUGACAAAUUGAAAAUGCAUGAUCAAAAGGAAAGAUUAAGGGGGUGUGAGGGAGGGAAGGGGAGGACCAACCUAGCUAACCUGGACGUCGGCCACUGGUCUUUCAAGGUGGCGGCAUCGGUCAAGGGAGGCAGUGGCACAGUGGCAACCAGUCAUCUCCUUCUCGGUAGAUGCAUCCUUCAAGGCAACUUCGUCAUCUUCGUGGUGGUGGCGGCGGCGACUGCUGCUUCGUCUUCUUCGCGUGGUGGUGGCUCUUCGCGUCUUCCGGCCGGCGUGGGGCUUCGCACCUUUGGUGGUGUGACUGAGUUUGACAGGGGGGAGAGGCGUGGCGGCGUGGCUGAGUUGAGAGGGAGAAGGGCGCCGCAGAGAGAAGAGAAGACGGGAUAUAUUAAGGAGAAAAAGGAAAGAGAAGGACUUGUGUUUCACAGAUUACUUGAAGCCUCUAUCUACCGUUAA